AUGUUUCCUGGCGCUAGCAGCAUUUGUGCCUUGGUACUGGUUUUGAUGUGCAGCAGUGCUGCUACUGCCCUCAACAUGACCAACAUCUGCUUGUUAUUGAAAAAUAAUGCUCGCAUAGCCAGCGCAGAUUCUUGCUCAAAUUAUUACACAUGCUCCAACGGUGCUGCUACAUCUCAAAGUUGUUCUUCUGGCACCUAUUUCGACAAGAACUCACAGGCUUGUGUCAGCACGGCUCCAAGCUAUUGCUCAUCAAAUAGUACUACUACAAACCCAUGCGCUGGACACGCUACUGGCUCUUUUGCGGCAGUAUCAGGUUCCUGUACCAACUACUAUUACUGCGGGACCAACGGUGCGGAAGAAGGCACAUGUCCUAACAAUCUCGUGUUCAACCCGACGACCCAAUCGUGCGACUAUUCAAGCAACUAUCCCUGUCAGAGUUCUAACACUAGUUCAAGCGAUGCCAACGCCGUUAUCAACUUGUGUUUGUAUAUCCAAAAGGGAAUCUACUUUGGCAAUGCUUUCAGCUGCGCUGGCUGGCAGAAGUGCUAUAACGAGAGCAGCUUUACUACCGGAUCCUGCAGUAACGAUUUGGUCUUCGAUACGGCGAACGCGAUAUGUAACUAUCCAGCGAACGUUGACUGUUCCCAGGUAACCAAUGACCCCAAUUUGGAUGUCAAUGCAGCUAGUGACGGUGGCACAUGUACAACAAGUGGGGAACUCAAAAAUGCCACUGCAUGCAAUCAAUAUUAUAUAUGUAAUAAUGCUAAAUGGCAGCUGAUAACAUGCAGUACCGGCAAGUACUACGACACGGUAUCAAAGACUUGCGUGAACAGAAAUGUUGCUUACAAUGACUGUGAUCGUUGCUUGGGUACCAAUCUCCAAUUUGUAAACGCAUUUGGUACUAAUUGCACUGGCUACUUGUAUUGCGUAGAAGGCGUUGAAAAGAGUAGUGGCACCUGCCCGACCGGAGACUACUUCAACGAAGAUAUGGGUGGUUGUGUGAGCGAAAAUCCGAAUUACGUAUUCUGUACGAGUGAAUCCUCGUCGUCUGCGACUACAACGAGUGGUAGCACUGAUGAUACCACAGCAUCUGGUGAGACGACUGCUAGCGCAGCAACCACAGAAGCAACCACUGAGGCAGCUAAAUAAAAUAAUUUCAAGUCCUUGCAAGAAGAGUGUAUACAUUUGUACAUAUGUACUCAUUUGUAAUUU